UCUGAUGAGAUAGGCAUCAGUAUAAUGAUGGAACAAGAUGAUUUACAAGAUGGCAGCUCUGUUGUGUGCCUUUUUCAUAUUUGACAUUAGUUACAAAAGAAUCCCAAACUGUGGAAUAGGUAACGCUACCAAAUGUAGAAACAGAAGGUUGCCAAGAUCUCUUAGAAAUUUUAACCCAGAACUUGAUGUCCAUUUCUAUCUCUUUACCAAAUAUAACCCUUAUGAAGCGCACGAGAUUUUUCCAGAGAAACCAUCAACAUUAUUCAUUUCACAUUUUGAUUUCAACAAAACUACAAAAAUCCUGAUUCAUGGAUGGAAAAACACUGGAAAUUCAACUUUUAGCUUGACUUUGAGAAAUGCAUAUAUUGCCCACAUGAGUGUGAAUGUGAUCAUUGUGGACUGGCACAAGUUGUCUCACCACUCAUACCGUCAAUCUCGUCGGUUCAUGGAUCUCGUGGCGGUCAGGAUAGCUCAACUGUACGAUUUCCUGCGGCAGUACGUAGCGAGGGAGACCAUCCACGUUAUCGGUCACAGCCUCGGAGCUCAUGUGGCCGGUAUCGUGGGGGAGAUUGUCAAAAUGGGAAAAAUCUACAGGAUUACAGGGUUAGAUCCAGCCGGACCUCUGAUUAACAAGCAUGUGACCAAUGGAAGACUGGACAAGUUAGACGCCCAGUUUGUAGAUGUGAUUCACACCAGUGGCUUUGCUCUCGGGUUCUAUUCUCCACUGGGACACGCAGACUUUUACCCAAACAGAGGAGUGCCUAUACAGCCUGGCUGUGGUGUCGAUGUUGUUGGAAAAUGCAGCCACCGAAGGUCAUAUCAUCUGUUCAAGGAAUCCAUAUCAAGGCAAUCUCAGUUUAUGGCAGCUCCAUGUCCAAGUUGGAGACAGUUUAGACAGCACAAGUGUUACUCCCAAUGGCAUCGUAUGGGGGAACAUGUUGAGUAUGGGAUUGAAGGAAAGUUUUAUCUGCAGACAGGCGAUACUCCCCCUUAUGGCCUCGUGGUACCAGAAGAACGUUUACUGCGUUUACAACUAAAACUGUCUAGGGACUCAUAUGAG